CUUUUCUUCUUUUUCUUCUUUUUCUUUCAUAACCUUCCCCAUUCCAAUCCUUUUUACAUAUAUAUAAUCAUGAAGUUCACUCUUGUUUCAGUUGCUGUUGCUGCUAUGGCAGCUCAACAAGUCUUAGCUGGCGGUCCUAUUGCCGGUUGUUUACAAACUCAUAUUGUCACUGCUACGGAUUCUUGUGAUGGUAUUGCUGCACAAUUCAAGUUGACCCCUGAUCAAUUCUAUGCCAUGAACCCUGGUCUUCAUCAUGCUGGCGAUCAUCUUUGUGAUAACUUGGACAGCGGUAAGGCAUACUGUGUUUGUACCAAGAAACCUUGUGUUGCCGAAUCAUCUGCCUCUGCUGUUUGCUUUGGGUGCUGUUGCCAUGGCUGCCGUUAUUUUACUUUAAAUCCCCCUCCCUUCAUUCAUUUUUUUUUUUAGCUUCCAACUCUGCUUCAUAAAUGUAGUGUGACCUUAUUUAUUAAUUGAAUUUGUCUCUUUUUUUUUUUGCCCAAAAAUGUCUUAAUUUUCCCUUGUUCUUGGAUUGUUUUUAUUCUCGUGUUUGUUGAUCUCCGUCUUAAUCACUUUGAUGAUAUCUAUCAUGAUAU